UUACUUAUCAGUGGAGCAAGCCCUUGCAGACUAUGCCUUCCUAUUGACUGAUCUUAAGAUUCAGUUUAAGGCCGCAAUGAGUAAGGUUGUUGCUUUUGGCAGCAGGUACAUUAUAACAUAACAAAAAAGUGAACUGUUGUUGUGGUCACCUGCACAAAAACUACUGCAUUUGUAAUGAUGUAAUUCAUUUUCCAUGUGACUCAGCAAGGUCUCACAAAGUAAAGUGCUAUGAUGACAUAUUCUGUAUCAUUAAUCUGUCCUUGAUCGGUUUUCAGUUAUGGUGGAAUACUAAGUGCUUACAUGAGGUUCAAAUAUCCAAAUGUGAUCAAUGUUGCCUAAUGGCAGCCAGUGCUCCAAUUGACCACUUUCCAAGGUAGUGAAAGAGACUCAUUCUUUGCUGCAGUGACAGAGGUGAUGGCUGUUUUUAUUAACUGCAUUAGAGCAGUAAAUUGUUGAAUAUUCACAUUUUUUUAUAGUUAUUUAGUUGUGCUACAACAUGUUUAGCUUACUGAUCAGUGAUUCUCAUCAGGGAAACAAUUAAUUAAUUAAUUUACCAAUCAAAAUAGAUGUUCAUUUGGUAAAAGAUUCGAGAGUCUGAUAAUUUUUCUCCUUCUUGAGAAUUGUAGUGGUUAAAUGAGGAGAAUGAUGAUAUUAUUUGUUAUUUGAGUUAAUUCUAGACAGAUAGUACUUACACUUAUUUGGUGAUAUUUAACAAUAUCAUUAUGGUAAUUUCUAUCGAUGUUCAUGAAAGAUAAAACUAUCAACAGUGACUCCCAAACUAUUUUGUUUUCAUGUUCCAGUUUAUUCAGUUAAUUUAAUUAAUUUCUUUAUAAUUUUGUGUUUUAAUUCCAAGGACUUUUUAAAUGCUGAUGCGAAUUGUCCAGGUUACGUUAUUACAGCUUUUGGAAUGAUUUGAGAUGCUGAAAAAUAUAGGAUCAAAAGGUAAAUUAAAUAUAUGGGGUUGCUGAACACUGAAACCCUAAAAGGAGAUUGUAAUUAUUUUCUCCUUACAGUGUCAAUACAAAAGUCAGAAGACAGUUGAAAUAAAGUUUGUCAGUUGAAAUGAAGUUUGUCAGCACCUUAGAAAAUAUAUAAAGAACAGUAUAGAGAAUAUGCAAACUGAUAUUAGGGUUUAAAAGGUUACAAGUGUCAAGUAUCAUAAUACCAAAUUCCAUUAAAUUUGGAAGAAAAUCUGAAGACACCAGUCAAAUCAUGAAAAUGAAGGAGUUUACAUCAUUCUUCUUCUGUUUUCAGGCUGGAAAUUUGGAAUGUUAGUAUUAGCAAAAGGACUGGGGAACUCAAGGAAACUUCCCUAAUAAGGGAUGAGGGUGUGUCACUAUGGCUUUAGGCAAUUACUUGCAUUACUGUACCUUCCCUAUAUUACAAAUAUUAAUAAUUUCAUUAAGUGGGUAAAUCUGUCUCUAUCAAGAAAUCUGUUCAAGUAAAAUGUCAAAAUCAAAACCAAAGUACUCCUAACUAUCAUAGUUAUGGAUGGAUUAUUAACAAAGUUAACCAUAACAAGGUGAUAAAUAACUCUUACUUUAAGGCAAUUACAUGCAUGGAUCUUUUAACUGAGUGGCUAAGUUGAGUUUGCUAUGAGUUACCAUUGUAUGAUUGUGGCCAUUAAGUCACUGUGUGUGAAACUGACCUGGAGUUUAAUUUUGACAUGCAUUUAUUUCAGUUGCAUUAUUUUAUUUUCUAACUAUGUUAUUUCAUAUAGGACUUGCUGAAAUCUCAAGGAUAUUUAAGCUCUGAAAACAACUGAAGUCAACAGAUCAGGUAAGAAUUAUCUAAUCACCAUCACUCAUACACUACCAUGACAGUGAAGUGAACACAGUUAAAUAUUAUGUGGAGCAGCAUUUAGUGACUCCAUCAUAACUAACUGUAGCUUGUUUACCAGAUCACUUGCUAUCUCCCUUCCUGUCACUUACUUCCUCCCUCUCUGCAGAGGGACAGCAGCAAUUAUUGGUAUCAGACAUAUAGUGAUGUGGUCCAUGUUUGAGUUAUUUUUCUCCUUUUUACCGACAACUGUUUUGUAUGAUAAAACAGUCUAGAGGACGUCUAAAUGGGGUAUCUUAUUGCUGGAGUGGUUUUGGUUUUGUAAAAUGGAUGAACGUAAGGGAUUUUGAAGAUUAUUCAACCUGGGUUUCACUGGUUUUCCAAAGUGAAGGUCUAGGUGGUGAUUUGCAUGCUGAUUGUGAUCUAUUAUAUUGGUUGCCCUGGAAUUCAAACAAUGGUUUCCUUGGACACCUCAUUGUGUCACUGGGCUCCUCAAACACACAUCAUGGUUUGCUAAAGAUCAAGUUAAGGUGACACAAAAGACGGUGUGCUUAUUAUGGGAACUCGAAUGCCACUUUCCAUCUUAUUCUAGAUGUAGGAGUAUAUUGGACUUGGUCAUUACAAGGAAUGAGACUGAGGGUGCUUUAGGCCUAAAGAAUGUCACAGUCACGGAAUAGUUUAUCUCUGAUCACAAGGCUGUUUGCUUUAAUCUGACUGGACUUAUGGAAACCAGUAAAUAAGAGGAGGACUGUUGUCUCUCGUAAAUAAAAGGGAUUUUAUUUGAUGCUUUCAAUGAGAUUAUUAUAUCGUCUGGUUUGUCAGAUGGAUGUGUCCUGCAAUGUAUUGAGUCAUUGGCUAAGGAGUAUGAUGAGGUGUUGUGCAAGGCUUUGGAUUAGCUGGCACCAAAACAAACUCGCACUAUUGUCAUUCGACCAAAUGCCCCUUGGUAUAAUGAGGAGAUCGCCACCCAGAAGAAGAAGAGGCAAAGUCUCAAACAUAAAUGGCGUUUGACUGGUCUCGAAAUUGAUAGGGUGAAUUAUUUGGAACAGUGCAAUGUUGUAAAUGCAAUGCUUUAUAAGGUGAAAGAACAGCAUUAUUCAACUGUUAUUCAGGACAAUGCCCAUGAUAGCAAGUUACUUUUUCGCACUGUUGAUAAAUUACUACAAAGGAAUACAGACAAAAGAUAUCCAUCUGCAAAUAGUGACCAAAAACUCACGAAUGCCUUUGCUGAUUUCUUUAGUGCCAAGAUUGUGCAAAUUUGCGAUGAGUUGCAGGUUAGGAAAGAGCCGCUGGGGGAGCUCACUAUGGAGGAUUUUGAGUGUACAUCAUGCUUUAGUGAGUUUGCAAUGGCAGCAAAUGAAAAUGUCUUAGGAUUGAUUAGGGCUUCAAUCAAGGCAUGCGCACUGGAUCCACUUCCAGUGAGUAUCAUGUGGAAAUGCUAUUCUAGUCUUGUUCCUGUAUUUAGAAGAGCUAUCAAUUUGUCAUUAUCAUCUGGAGUGCUGCCCAAGGAACUUAAGAUCGUGCUGCUAUUACCUCUUCUCAAGAAGGUAAAUGCAGAUUUUGAGCAGUUUAGUAACUUUUGCCCUGUGUCAAAUUUAAAGUUUUUAUCUAGAAAUUGAUAGAAAAAGCAGUGUUUGUGCAAUUGAAUAACUAUCUUGGCAAAAAUGAUCUACAUGAGCCUCUCCAAUCAGCAUACAAGAUCUUUCACAGCACAGAGACUGCGCUUAUCACCAUCACAAAUGACACUAUGCUACUAUUGGACAAAGGUGAGGAUGUUUUCCUUGUUUUAUUAGAUUUGUCAGCAGCAUUCAAUACUGUCAACCAUACUUUGUGGCUGGCAGGACUGCAGAAAUCAUUUGGCAUCAGAGGAACUGUUCUGCAAUGGUUCAAUUCCUAUCUUUCUGAUAGAACUCAGUUUGUUAACAUCAAUGAGGUGAAUUCUGCAAUAUGUGAUCUUCUCAUGGGAGUUCCCCAAGGUUCAGUUCUGGGACCUGUACUCUACCUUCUGUAUACUGCGACACUUGCUAAAGUGAUAAGAUCUUAUGGCUUGGAUUAUCAUCUAUACGCUGAUGAUACUCAGUUAUACUUUGCAUUCAAAUUGGUGGAUGUGGACACUACUAAAUUGAGGAUCGAGAACUGCAUUUCUGCUAUUUGUCGCUGGAUGGACCUCAACAAAUUGAAGCUAAACCAUGACAAGAUGGAGGUUAUGCCCAUCCACUCAAAGUAUCAUCCCUCUCCAUCCUUUCAGUCCUUAUGUGUUGGUGAUGAGAGCAUGGCUGCCUCUCAGUUGGCUAGGAGUCUUGGCAUCAUCUUUGAUGAGCACAUGUCUUUUCAUCCACAUGUGUCUAGCAUCUGUAGAUCAUCAUUUUAUCAUCUCAGGAACCCAUCUAGAAUUAGGAAGUAUCUCACUAAAGAAUCAGCAGCAGUUGCUGUUCACGCAUUUGUCACAUCAAAACUGGACUAUUGUAAUGCAUUAUUACAUGGCUUGCCUAAGUAUCAGUUACAAAGAUUGCAAUAUGCACAAAACAUGGCAGCUAGAGUUGUGUGUCAAAUGAGUAAGUUGCAUAUCACACCUGUUUUUCAGGAGCUUCACAGGCUACCAAUCCAAUACCAUAUUAUUUUCAAGAUUCUGCUUCUAGUGUAUAAAUCACUGAAUGGGGCAUCGCCUAGCUAUUAAGCUCAGAAACUACAUCAUCGUUCUCCUACUAGAUCAUCUAGGUCUGUUAGUAAUGAAAUUUUAAUGCAACCUAGAUCGUAUACUAAGACCUACAGAGACAGAGCAUACACUGUUUAUACGCCAAGAGAAUGGAACUUAAUAUCCUAUGAAAUUCAAAAGUCUAACACCAUCUCAAUUUUCAAAAGAGCACUUUAAGACCUUCUUGUUUAGUAAAUAUAUUAUUAACAGACCAUUAUUUUUAUAGAUUUAUAUAUAUUGCUUUAGAUUUAAUUUUCUUUUUUAAUCAUUGUGAAUUUUAGCUAUGUUUAAGUAUCAUAUAAUAAGAUAUGGCUGGCUUUAGUUUUGUUUUUCUUUUUUAAUUAGUAUGAAUUUUAGCUAUGUUUAAGUAUCAUAUAGUAGGAUAUAGUUGUAAAUUUGUAAAUUUUUAUUAAUAAUGUAUGAUUUUGUAUGAUUGUAAAGCGCCUUGAGCAGAGGAUACAAGCACUUUAUUAUUAUUAUUCCUGUUUCCUCGUCCUCCCACCCACCCUCUCUUCCAGCCACCCUCCCUUCCGCCCUCCCUCCCUUCCACCCACCCUCCCACCCUCCCUCCCUUUCACCUACCCUCCCACCCUCCCUCCCUUCCACCCACUCUCCCAUCCUUCCUCCCUUCCACCCACCCUCCCAUCCUCCCUCCCUUCUACCCACCCGCCCAUUCUUCCUUCCUCCCUUCCAUCCUCCCAUCCACCCACCCUUUGACCCUUCCUCCCUUCCACCUACCCUCCCUUCCAAGAAACAGAGGAUGCAGGGCCAUUUUCUGGAUUUGUCAUUGCGGAAUUCCUGUUAUUAUAGUGUUACUAAAUUCCUUUUGCAACUGUAUUUCUAUGUUUUCUUUCCUAUGCCCUUUGUUGAUCCUCACAUCCAUCCAUUGUUUCAAUUGGUCCGAUCAUUUGGUGUUUUUUUUUAAUUUUCAUUUUAGAUCCCUCACAUGUUACAUUGGAUCCACAACCUUAGCCAUGUGUGAUUAUCCUUACCCAACAGACUUCCUGGCCCCACUUCCUGGGCAUCUUGUGAACUUGGCAUGUAUAAUGAUGGCAAGUGUAUCAUCCAAGGUUGAAGGUCUGGCUGAGGUCACAGCUUUAGUCUACAACAGCACUAAUGGUAUACAGACUUGUCUUGAUCCAGAUACAGAGUACAUUGAAUGUGCAGACCCCACUGGAUGUGGCCUGGGUUUAGACAGCCCCACACAAGACCAUCAGGUAUUGGGUGGGGCUGCCCAGUCAAGUAACUAAUAUCUCUAUAAUAAUAUCUCUAACCAUAGUCUCCAUAGGAUGUAGGAACAGUUCCUAGUUAAAGAUUACUGUAACUACCACUUACUCCCUAGAAAAAUUCAAGAUUUGGGAAAUGUGGUGGCUUAAUUUUUAUAUGUGCUGGACUCCAGAUCUAAAGGUCCCAGUUCAAACUCUGACUGACUGGACUGUGUUGUGCAAGACAAGUAACCUUCUCUGGCUGUUUCUUUCUGUCAUUAAACAUCAAAAUAAGAUUUAUAUUUUAUCUUUUCAGGCUUGUACUGAGCUUUCUCUUCCAGCUGGUUCUAACAACAAAACAGACAUGUUUCCAACUCUGCCGUGGACUCCAGAAAUGAUUGCAACAUACUGCAAGAAAAAAAGGGGUGUGGUACCUCAACCUAACUGGGCACCCAUACAGUUCUGUUUUUUGUUUCUUUAAUUUAUUUUCCAGAUAUAUCUUCAUGUUCUAAUAUUAUCUGAUCCAAUGGUGACCUGGAUCCAUGGAGAACUGGAGGUGUAAGUUUAUGGUAUUUGAAGGGCUGUGGUUGCUUCCAACUGCUGUUGUUGGAUUUAAAAUAUAUUGAUAAUAUUUUUGGUGUUAGAAGAUGUCUCACCAACACUAGUGGUACUUCUGGUCAGAGGUGGAGCUCACCAUCUUGGUCUGAGGUAUGUUUUAACCUUUUCACUGACCAGAUUGAUCAAUUUGUAAUUGUCUUCACUUUGUUUUAUAAAGUUAAAGAGGCAGUUCCUGACAGUAAAGAAAAUUGUCAGCUCUAGAGAGAAAACCAGCUUCUCUGCUUUAGCCAAUCAUGAAACGUGUGGUGAUAUUUUGGGAGAAUUUUCUCUGAGAUCUUGGAGCAUACUAGGUGCAGAGCAUACUAGGUGCAGAGCAUACUAGCUGCCAAAGCUCUAUUUGGGGAUUUCCUUCAUUUCCUUGAUUUUAAGUUUUUUACUUCUAUUUUUUGGUUACCUGAAAGAUUGCUGGUAAGGAUUAAAAAAGAACAAAACCUUUUUGUAAGUGGUUUUCUUAUCAUUGUCAUUAUUUCAGUUUUGUUAAUUAUUGAUAUAAUUAUGUUAUACAGAGAAUCCAAUCCAAUGGACCCUCCUACAGUGACACAAGCACUAGAACAAGAACUGGAACUGAUUUGAAAAUUCUUACAUUAGAGCCAGAUGAUUUCUAUGGACAACAAUCACAAUUUUCAAAUUCAAUUUCGCGAAGAAAUUCACCUAGUCCCCAGUCAUUGUUAGAUACAGGUCUCACUAUAACACCAUAUUAUUUUAUUCUGUCUUUGUAGGUCGCUCGUAAGCUACUCUGAUGGCUGUUCGGGUCAGAACAGAAACAAGACGAUAGUUGCCCUCUACGCCGAGCUACACCGCACGGGCGUUUACGAGGUACUUAACCACAAGUAACUCGUGAGGGGCCACACGUUCCUUCAAAAUGACAGAGACUUUAGCCAGAUCGAGAAGAGAAAGAAAAGCGCAGUGGUGUACUUACCAGAGGACUGGUGUAAAGUCGUCAGAGAGGCGAAUACAGUGAAACCGUUCGUGUUACGCGAAAUGAGGCAGCCUGACUUCAAAGACUGGAGGUCCUUCUUGGAAUCCAGGUACAUAGACAAUUAAUCAGAUAGUAAUCGACGUGCGUUUCUGGUAUGAGGUCACCAGAUAUGCACCCCCGUUUUAUUGCGUCAGUAUGUAUGUACAAGUUAUAGAGCGUUUUAGAGUGGCCUACCGUAAAAAAUCCCGGUAAUAGCUUGUUUUUGCACCUAAGCCUUAUAAAGAUAAGGGGGGAGGGGGGGGGUGAAAGUUCAAGGGUGUGAUAUUCGUGGUGUGCUACAAGAAAAUCAUUACUUAAUUCUCCGGAUAUUUCCACUAAAAGUUUUUGAAUAUAUCAUCUAUUUCCUGGAUUUAAAGUAAGCUAAAUAAAAAUAAGGCACGCAAUGCUUUUUUUUAAAACCAUGAAGCCGCAAUGAACUUUGGAAACCUUGUAGAAUAGGACUCAUAUGGAUCUUUUUAUAUUUCAUAUCACUUAACCAUUAUUAAUAUUCUUGCUAGGUACCAACCGAUAGCGAAGGACCGGGAUGGGAAGCGCGUCCGAAUCCUCGACGCGCAUUGGUUAAACUUUGGUUGGGGAGAGGAGAAAGAUCCUAUCACUGGGCAAACCCAAAUGGUCCACCAUCCAGACGAAGUUUGGGUAAGGUAUGGGUUUUCCACAGAUGAACCCUGGAAAAAGGUAAACAUCCGGCGCCGCAGACACCAAACAGAUGCCAACCAAACACCCGGCCGCCUCUAUCCUGCUCGUUUGAAGGUGGUCCCAGCCAAACUGGAAGACCUGCAACAAAUAGCUGCCUUCGUCCCUGAGCCCCAGCGCCAGUUU